AUGGCAUGUGUAACUACUCCUUCUUUCUUGAUACUUAUCAAUGGCUGUCUCACGGGUCACAUAAUUCCCUCCAGGCGGCUGAGGCAAGGAGAGCCAAUAUCUCCCUAUUUAUUCCUCUUAUGUACUGAAGGAUUAAUUAGCCUAUUGAAUGCAGCAAAAAGAAAUAAAAUGGUGACUGGUAUUCAAGUAUGUAGAGGAGCUCCAAGGGUGAAUCAUCUUCUCUUUGCGGAUGAUAGCUUGAUAUUCUGUGAAGCAAAUGUUGAAAAUACUACUCGACUGCAAGCUCUCCUUAGUUGCUAUGAAGAAGCCUCGGGUCAACAGUUAAAUAGAGAUAAAACCUCUAUGGUCUUUAGUGCAAACGUAAAAUCAGACAAGCAGCAAGAAAUAAUGGCCCUAUGGAACGCUCCUCAAACACAACAAUAUAACAAGUGUCGGGGACUACCACCUAUGAUUGGAAGAUCCAAAAUGCGAGCCUUCUUUGAAAUAAAACACAAAGUCUGGUUGAAAUUACAAAGUUGGAAGGGUGGCAUGUUCUCCCAAGGAGGAAGAGAGGUCUUCCUCAAUUCAGUGGCUCUAGCGAUCCUCUCUUAUGCUAUGAGCUGCUUCAAACUACCCUCCACUUUAUGCACUGAAAUUGAAAGGAUGAAGGCUAGAUUUUGGUGGGGCCAAAGGAAGGAAGAGCUAAAAAUCCAUUGA